AUUACGUAGGGUUGUCAGUGGUACGAGCACCAGAUCUUUUUUUUCUCAGUGCUUAUCCCAAAAUGUAUCGCAUUCUUCACCGUGCUUUUUGCACUGCCGCAGAACCAGCAACAGUGAGCAUCAAGUCUAUUUCGGAAGAUUUAUACAAAGAAGUAAAGUUAAAGAGGUUGGUGGAGAAGUUCAAGAAAGCUUCCGACAUUGACCGGUUCCGCAAAAAAAAGGGGAUUUACGAGAAGACAGUGCGGCGUCUCGCCGGUGCCAAGCGCUUUCGGUGGGUUUGCGACAUCCUCGAACACCAAAAACAGUAUUCCGACAUUUCCAACGAGGGUUUUUCUGCGCGCCUAAUAUUUCUUUAUGGCAAAUCUGGCAUGGCCAAACACGCCCGCAUGGUGUUCGACGAAAUGCCCCAGCGAAAGUGCAACCGCACUGUGCUCUCUUUCAAUGCCCUCUUGGCCGCAUACCUCCAUUCCAGAAAGUUCAACGUCGUGGAUGGUCUUUUCAAGACCCUCCCCACUCAGCUCUCAAUCGAGCCUGAUUUGGUGUCGUACAACACUCUCAUUAAGGCCUUUUGUGAAAAGGGUUGCUUUGAUUCGGCACUGUCAGUUCUUAAGGAGAUGGAGGAGAAGGGUGUGAAUCCAGAUUCCAUUACGUUUAACACUUUGCUUGAUGGGUUGUAUUCAAAGGGUAGUUUUGAGGAUGGUGAGAAAGUGUGGGGGCAAAUGGUUGCUAAGAAUGUUACUCCGGACGUGAGGAGUUAUUCUUCUAAGUUGGUGGGUUUGUUCAGGGAGAAUAAACCGGAUGAAGUUGAUGAGCUUUCUAGAGAAAUGGAGAAGGUGGGUGUGAAGCUUGACCUCUUUUGCAUCAAAGCUGUCGUCAAUGCUGUCAUCAAAUGUUGUUUGAAUAACGGUGACUUGGAUGAGGUCAAGAAAUGUUUAGGUAUGAUUGCAAACUUUGAUUUUGACCUUGAUAAAAACACUUACUCUAUCCUUGUUCCCUUCCUGCGUGAGAAGGGUGAUUUGUUGACCACAGUUAAGUUGUGCCGGGAGAUUUUAGAAAAACGGGGCCGUGUUGAUGUAUCGUUGCUGCAACUUGUGGUGGAUAAGCUGGUGAACAAAGGCUUGAUUUCGAAGGCGAAGGAGUUUGUGGAGGCAUGGAAAACCCAUAAGUACUAUCGUAAUAGGCUAAAUUUACCUAAAGCAGAGUAGAGUUAUGUUAGUUCUUAGAUGCACUUUAUUAUUCGUCUUGCAAUUUGAUUGGUUUUGUUAUGAUGGUGAUUGAGAAAUUGUCAAUAAUGGCUUUUGUUUGGCAAUGUGAGCCUAGUAACUGGUUUCUUCAGAGUGACUUUUAUUACAAGUUAUUUAUUUAAUGUGAAUCUUUUUUUCUCUCAA